AUGCUAAAGCAAAUAAUACAUCAUUUGACCAAUAGUCCAAGUCGGCCACUCGUCGACUCGUGUCUGUUAAGCAAGCACCACCAGGAUCAAAUAGCCCGAUGGAACAGCGAUGCGCCAGCCGUUCCGCUGGAAAGUUGCAUUCAUACCCUCUUUCGCGUUCAAUGCAUGUUGCAACCAGACGCGCAGGCAAUUUGCGCUUGGGAUGGAACUAUAACAUAUCGUGAGCUUGAUAGGUUGUCGUCGGCUGUACAAGGGUUAUUGCAGCCUUAUAACCCUGCACCCAAUUCGGUCGUACCGAUUCUCUUUAAGAAAUCUAAAUGGGCCGUCGUUGCCAUGCUCGGAGUGCUCAAAGCAGGCGCUGCCUUUUCCAUGUUGGAUCCAUCUUACCCGACUAAACGGCUAGUGGAUAUAUGUCACGAUGUCGAUGCAAAGGUGCUAGUCUGUUCGGAAGAGCUGUCUAUAGACGUUUCAGGAAACAUACUUACAAUCGGUGAUCAUAAUAUUGCAAACGCAAGUUACUCUGCGGUACACCCAGUAAAGACGGCUUCACAUGAUGCGGCAUAUGUGGUGUACACAUCAGGCUCUACAGGUGCGCCUAAAGGCAUUAUCAUAGAGCAUGGCUCAUUUUGUACCAACGUCAUGGCCAGUAGCCGGGCCCAGAACCUUGAUCGAUCAUCUCGAAUCUUGCAGUUUGCUUCAUAUGCGUUUGAUGUCAGCAUCCACGAAUGCCUGACCCCAUUAUUGCUAGGGGGGUGUGUUUGUAUUCCCUCCGAAUCACAACGUGUCAACAGUUUGAAAGAGGCUGUCAGAAGCCUAGGUGUGAACUGGAUGGAGCUAACGCCAUCGGUGGCUAGACUCUGGCAGCCAGAAGACAUUCCAACGGUGAGUACUCUUGUGUUGGGUGGAGAGCCUAUGCUACCUAGUGAUGUCUCUCAAUGGAAGGACAAGGUUCGACUGGUAUGCGCGUACGGGCCGGCAGAGUGCACUAUCGUGUCAACGGUACAGUCAUGCGUUCAGGACUUGGGGAAUAUUGGUGUUUCGCCUGGUGGCACCUGUUGGAUCGCAUCACAGGAUAACCACCAACGGCUCAUGCCAGUUGGUUGUGUUGGAGAGCUAAUUAUAGGCGGCCCAAUUGUAGGACGAGGAUACUUGAAACGACCAUGUCUGACAAAAAAUGCCUUCAUCAUAAAUCCGGAGUGGGCGUCGUUAUUCGGACUUGACGAGACCUACCGACUCUACAAAACUGGCGACCUAGUCCAAUAUAACUACGACGGAACAAUUGCGUACAUUGGACGAAAGGAUACCCAAGUCAAGUUGAAUGGACAGAGAGUUGAGCUCGGCGAAGUUGAAUAUCAAGCACGACAAUGCUUCCAUGAUGCCGUAAUUGCUGCUGAAAUUGCUGCUCCAGCAGGGCGUAAGCCAACCCUAAUCCUCUUUAUUGCUCCAAGGCAAGAGUACUCCAUUCAAAUGGAUUGCAAAACGCUGCUAUACCCGCCGAGCGCUGUUUUCCUGGGACAGGCUCAAGCAGCAAGGUCUGGCCUACAAAAUGUCCUUCCAAGGCAUAUGAUACCCACAGCAUACAUCGAACUAGUAGCUAUGCCUAUUUCACGCACAGGGAAGGUCGACCGGAGGGUUCUGCGUGAAGCUAUCGAGAAUGUCUCGGAGGACGACUUCAGAGCUUACUAUCCAACACCACACAAUAAUAUGAUUAACUCACCGAAUACCCCUGUCCUGGAUCAGUUGCGGCACCUCUUUUCCGCGGCACUUGAUAUUCCAGAAGACAAAAUUGGACCCAAUGACAGUUUCUUCCAGCUUGGCGGCAACUCAGUCAGUGCUAUCAAACUUGUCGGGGAUGCCCGAGACCAGGGUUUGAAGAUGACAGUAGAAGCGUUGUUCAGACAACAGACUAUCUGUAAACUAGAAACAUGCACCCAUCAGACAUCCGGUAGCAUUGAUACACCCAUCUCAGCCUUUUCAUUGCUUGAUCCAUCAAGCAAGGCCACAUACAUUGCUCAAGCAACUGAGCAAUGCUCCGUGUCCCCAGAACAAAUUGAGGAUAUCUACCCGUGUACGCCUUUACAGGAAGCAUUAAUGGCGUACAGCUCGAAAAGACCGGGAGCAUUCCAGGCUACAUUUCGCUUUCGCCUUCCGCAGCAACUGGAUAUACUUCGUCUGAAGGAAGCAUGGAUAACUGUGAUUGCUGCCAACCCAAUAUUGCGAACUCGCAUUGUUCACUCUGAGACUGGGGCUCUUCAGGUAGUAUUGCGUCCUGAAGAACCACUACAGUGGGACUUGAUAUACGACGUAAACGAAAUCCCUGGAUCGUUCAUGUCUUAUGGUGCACCGCUUAUUAACGUAGCUGUCGUGAGUGACACAGGAGGGAAGCCGGACCGGACAUUUUGUCUCAUGAUGCACCAUGCUAUAUUUGAUGGAUGGUCGUAUGCUCUGAUUCUUAGCGCCGUUGAGGGUGCGUAUAAGCACAUGAAUGCCGUUCAACGGCCUUUCACUCCGUUCAUCAAACACAUAAUGAGUUGCAAUUACGAAUCUGCUAGGGACUUUUGGUGUUCCGAAUUUAAAGAUACGCAAGCAGUUCCAUUCCCUGUUCCACCCUUUACCUCUGGACACAUGGUCAAUUCCAUCACCACAGUGCAACGCCAAAUCCACAUAUCGGAAUGGCUAGGUGGCUGUUAUACGCCAUCAACAAUAAUUCAGCUUGCCUUUGCCAUGCUUAUAGCCUGGCGUACUAGUUCCAUGGAUGUUGUAUUCGGUCUAACCGUUACUGGGCGUAAUGCUCCAGUACCUGGAGUACAUGAAACGACUGGUCCAACUAUUGCAACAUUUCCUCUGCGUACAAUACUUCAUGGGAGAUUGAAUGUCGCGGACUCCCUCGUACUCAUGCAAAACCACAUAACAAGGCUCAUCCCCUUUGAGCAGACAGGGUUACAACGCAUAAAGUCACUUAGUUCCGAGACAGCCAGCGCCUGUCAAUUCCAAAGUCUCUUGGUUAUACAACCUGCCACAAAUCGAAAAUCACAAAGAAUACUCUCCGAAUGCCCUUCCAAUGAGUACGAGCAAGUUAAGUUCAGCACAUGUCCGUUAACUCUAGUGUGUGAACUUGAGGCGGACAAGCUGUCAAUAAAGGCCGUGUUUGACAAUGCAGUCGUGGUUGCUGAUGGUAUGCAGAGGAUGCUGGAUCAAUUGGAGUAUCUUGUUGACAUGAUAACCAAAUCUCCAACCUCGAAAAUCGAGAGCAUUAUCCCACGUCCCUCUAACAUCUAUCCUGAUGCACUUCGCCAAGGCCAGUCAUGGAGUGCAUACAUCGAGAAGAAAGCUUAUGAUUAUUUCGAUGGAGAGGUAUCUGUCGUUGUUGACACCAUAGUACCGAAAGGAGGCUCCAAUCAACAUACCGUUAUGUUCAUUUGCGAAGCUGACCAGAACUGUGAAUCGGCCGAACUAUCAGAUUUAUUCACACGGCCUACAGACCAAGUGAGAUGGCAGCUUCAUCAAUUGAUCUGUAGCCUACAGGAAUCCCUCCCCUGUUCUGUGGUCCCAUCACUAUGUCUUCCAAUCCAUUCCAUGCCAUUAGACGCAUUCGGGCAACCAGAUAGGUCUCGUUUAUGCGAGGAAGCCUCUUCCAAGUCACAUUGUUUCUUACGCUCGUUGAUGGUCCCUGCCAACAACCAGAUCGACUAUAACAUACUGCCAGGAGAAGCACGACUUCGAACAGCUGUUGCUCAUGUCCUUGGUAUGGAGCCAAAAAAUAUAAGUCCCAAAGAUGACUUUUUCGCUCUUGGUGGCGAUUCAAUUUCUGCAAUGCAGGUCGUUUCCCUUUGUAGAAAGCACCACCUGUCGUUGACAGCAUCAGAUAUAUUCGACGGGAAGAGCAUCGAAACCAUUGCAUCAAGUGUGAAGCCUCUCACCUUAUACACACCUCCAUCGACUCCUGGAAGUGACCGUAGUUUGGGGGCGCGUUUCCCGCUUCUUUCUUUGAAAUCCGAUCGUGAUAUGGAGGUCCUUGAAUCCGCAAUCAUGGCUACAUAUGACUUUCAAAGCAUGGAUUCCAUUGAAGAUGUGUAUCCUUGCAGUGAAUCACAUCAGGGGCUUCUGCAAACGCAAAUGCUGCAACCAUUCAAUUAUCAGUCUUAUACUAUAUGGGAGGUCACCACUGGUAGCAUGGCCUCUCCUGUAUGCCCCAUUAAAUUGCGCAAUGCUUGGUUUAACAUUGCGCGUCGUCAUCCCGCGUUAAGGACACAUCUCAUAGAGAGUCCACUGUCUGUCGGCAUCCACCAGAAGAUCCAUAUCGUGCAUGAAGACUAUGUGACAGAUAUCCCGAUCAUUUCUUGUGCAGAUGAGCAGGUCUUUGCAGAGCUACGGAAGCCCUUCCUCCAAACUAGUACUAAGAUAUAUUAUCCGCAUGCGUUUACAAUUUGCCAAACGAUUUCUGGUCGUGUGUUCUGCAAGCUCGAGGGUGGGCAGGCCUUUCUUGAUGCCGCUUCUGUCUUGAUCAUUUUGCAUGAGCUAUCAGAGGCGUAUGAUGGACAGCUAUCCCCUCUUCCUGGUCCAUUAUAUGGCCCAGCAGUGGCCUGGUUCCAAAGUCUGAGAAAUGCCGAUGAUCGGAUGGACUACUGGAGAAGACAAUUGGAAGCAACCAGGCCUUGUAUUUUUCCAAUGCUCAGAGAUCAAGACUCACCUACCGAGACCCUCGUCAUCACUGAGCAUCUCGCCAGUACCGCUACAUUGAUAUCAUUCUGCACUCUGCAUGGGCUCACUGUGACUAAUUUGAUGCAAGUCGCGUGGGGUUUAACGUUGCGGUACUAUACUGAAUCUGAUGACGUGUGCUUCGGGGCACUCAUGUCAGGAAGAGAUUCUCAAAUUGUGGAUGUCGAUAAGAUGAUAGGACCCUUCUUUAAUGUUUUAGUGUGUCAACUCCGCUUUGGAAGGGAGGACUCGCUACUGGCCAUAUUACGGAGGAAUCAAGUAGAAACCGGUAAUCGAUUGUUGAACCAGCAUUGCUCCCUCAUUGAGAUAUUACGAUUUUCAAAAUACUUCGGCCAGCCAUUGUUCAAUACUUGCAUAUCAGUUGAGCAGCCAUUGUCCAUGGACAGCUGCAAUGCGAGUCUCUGCUUUAAGGAGUUGGAAACCCUUGAGCCGACGGAGGUAUGUUUCCAACAGUCUCACUGCCUUACCCAGCUGACCGCGCUGAACAGUAUGGCCUUAUCGCUACCGUUGCGAUUGGACCAACGGAUGUUCGGUUAG